AUGGCUGAGCAACUGCAACCGACUGUGCGGCCACCCAGCUGGGCGCGGAGGAGCAUCCCGGUGCCUUUGAAUGGGCCACGGCUGGCGAGGUUGCUGUACGAGGUCCACGGCUACGAAAUUUUUCAGCUGGGUCUCUUCAACUCAGAUCCGCAUGCGGGCAACGUCUUCAUGAUGCCAGACGGGAAGCUGGGGCUGAUCGACUACGGGGCCUGCAUGAGGCUCACAGAGGAACAGCGCUCCAACAUUGCGCAUUUGCUAAUCGCCAUUGCUGAUGAAGACGAUGAAGCGGUGCGCUCCUGGUUGAUCAGACUGUCCAAUGGGCACGUUUGUGGCGCAGCGGCCUUCUGGGGUCCCAAAUGGGAAACACCUGCAGUGCUUGCUAUGAAGCUUGACAACGAUCAUGCUCAGAAAGGUUUCAAGCGUAGCUUCGGAGACCCACUGGAUCCUGAUGAAGCUGUUAUGCCGCACAAGGGAUUGACAGUCACAUUUCUGACAGAUGAGGACAAGGAGGUGGAUGUGUUCUUCAGAAAAGCACCCUUGGGCUUUCGAAUGGCUCAUAAGCAAGCGCCACUUAAGGUGGCCAACAUCAACGACAAAGGCUGCGUAGUGGAGGAUAAGUUGGAUGUUCGACCGGGAUGGAUUCUCAAAGCAGUGAAUGGCAACUCGCUGACAAAUUGCCACCAAAAGGUGGGAGCUCAGAUUGUCAAGGAUGCCAUCAAGGAAGCCUUUGGCCUUGGCGACCGGGAAGAAGAAAAGGAGGCUAGCAGGAGUCCCCUACAAGAGGGGGCCAAGAGUACCUCCAGCGUUUUGGGCUUGCGGCUUUCGAAGCAAGAACCAGGUGCCCCAGCGGCCCCAGCAUGCCAGGCUUUGGAGGAUCCACGCUUGGCGUUGCUGUUGGCACAUGUCUUCUUCAACCGGGGUCCAUAUGCCUAUGACAUGAAUCGUUUGGCGCUGAAGGUUGGUAUGCCGGUCGAUGCCGACAUUAUGACCUUAGACUCUUAUUUGAGGGGAGGUGAACUUGAUGACAUCGAGGAGUUUCCUGGGCACUUGGUGAUGCUCCAACGUUGUGCCAUGGUCCUUUCAGGGCUGGCUUUGGAGCUGGGUGCUGGACGCCUGUCCUCUGCUGAGAUGUUAAAACCACAGGCCAAACUUUGGCUACAACAGUGA